AUGUGGCUUGCGCGUGUGAUUGAGAAAAACAGCCACCCUCGCGACGACAAGAAGGGCGGGGGAAAAAUCCGGUCGCGACGCCGGUUCGAGCAUUGGCUGCGCGACGAGCGACCUGACAGACAGGACCUGAUAGCGCGGGGGUACUUGACCGAGACCAAAGCUUCUGAGGUGCUGGUGGAGGCAUCACAUGCCGCGACCCCGCAAACUAUCUCUUUACCGGCGAACGACUUUGACAGGAAGCGUGCCGACCUCGAUGUGUUUUUUCGACAGCUCCAGGCACGGAAGGCAACCGAGCUGCCGCGGUUGGUCGAUGCGGUUGGGGAAGGUUCGUCGUCUUCUACCGCGACAACGGCGGCGAGCGACCUCGACGUGGUUACCUCUCCGCAAAACGACAUGAGAUCGGCCGGUGACGAUGCUCUUGAUGAUGAGACUGAGAAUCCAGAGAAAAUACUUCGGCGACUGCAGCGCGAUUUCCGAACCGAACAGGGGUCGGUCGACGAGAUUUUGCGUGUAACGGACGACGACACGCGGGCCUCCUUCUUGCGGGACGCACUGGAGCGGGACUAUGGAGCGGAAGCAGUGCAAGGAGCGACAUCACCGUCACCGAGCGACAACUACUGGAGCCGCAUGAUUCGUGCUACGGAACAGGACGCGGAAGAUGCGAUAGCGGCAGCAGACAGCGCGCGGCAAGAGCUCGCAACGGUGAUUCGAACCGAGCUAGCACUCGACGCAGAUUAUGUUGACGCAGGAAAUGCACAAUUACCUCAAGCAACAGCUACAUCUGGUGCAUCAAAUUCUUCGCGUCUGGAAGACUUUCGCACCGUGGUCCAGAAACUUGCCACUACCGAGGUAGAGCUAGACCAGCUCUAUCCGAAGGCCGAAAUAGGCAAGUUGGACCAAGAGACGCGACGCAAGCAGUACUUGCAGCAGGUGCAGCAAAUUCUGCACACGACUGAGCGGCUGAAAGAAAUGAUUUUUGAGGAGCAAAGUGGGAGCCUCGCGUUGCUGCCAGUCGUAAAAACCCUGCCGACACUGCGCGUUUUCGGCCCCCACCACCUGCCGCUGCCGAAACACGCCCAGCAGUGUUUGAAGCACCGUAUCCGCUUUUUAUUCGUUCCGCUGAAGGAGACACUCGUGAGCGAGGUAGCCAGCACCGUGAAAAAGUACCACCGCAUUUGGCCUGUGCCCUUGUCAACGAGCGAGGCGGGGGCAGCAACACGGGACUCGACGGACAGCGCGGCAGCAACAAAGACGGGUCUCCGAGAUCUGGAAGAGGGCGCCAAGAUGUGGAAGGCCUUGUGGACGAGCUUCACUGUGCAGCGGAGUUUCAUUGCCACCAUGACGUCGGCGAACGAGGAGCCAGACAAGAGCAAUGAACACCAGCUGUGCCAAAUCUUGGUGGAACCGCUGGCGAAAAUUUUCCACUAUCACUUUCUCCGACCAGCCUCUGAGCUGGCGCGUUUAGACCAGCCAGACUGGGUGUUCCGCUACUUCCUGGAGCAGCUGAACAGCACGCUGCGCGCGCUUCUCAGUUGGAGAGACCAUGCGCGUGUAAGUACAAAAAGCCACACAAAUUCGAAGCAGCACGCCCCCGAAGUUGACGUACACACGUUGCGCCAACACAGUGCGGAGAGUGGUGGUGCCGCUACUGGUACCGAUCAAGAAGUAGACCGACUGCUGCUCCAAGGCGUCACCUUUGAACUAACGAUGGCGACGCUAGGCAGUUUCUUGCGGUCGAACUACCCCGUUUUCUUGGAAGACGCGGCCCUUUUCACAAACUUGAUCAAGGAACUGAAUCUGUUUCUCCCAAAACUGCAAGAGCAAGUGACGUCACUGUUGAGCACAACUACAGACGCGGGUGGGGCAAUAUCGACGUCAUCUCCCGGCGCGGGGAGCGGGAGCGCUGCCCGGUUUGCGGGCAACUUGAUCCGGGAAGCCGUGGUCCGCGAUUUUUUGGAAGACCUCAAUGUGGUGCUGCCGUCCGGUGUAGAAUCGCGCAAGCUCCUUAGCCACUGGAUCUCUACCGAUCGAUCGUUUUUGCUGGAGAAGUUUUCGACUGCUGCGGUAGAAAUUCUCGACACCACAAUGCGUGCGCCGACCCCAGCUGUGGAGGAUCUCGACCAGACUCUCGCCGCCGGACCAACCUCACAUGGCAAGAAAAUUUUGCAGCCACUGCUGUCACACGCAAGCACAUUGGAGUCCUCCGUUCCUGGGAGCGAGGACUUGGAGCAGCAGCUACAGGAGUUGCGGGACUUCUUGCGCGACCUGCUCCGCGUCGCCGCUGGUCGGUUUACCCCCAUAUUGGGCCAGACAGGUGGCAAUAAACGGGCCCGCGCGCGCUACGUGGAGGAGUGCUUGGACGACGCGGUGCAGAAGGGCGUGUUGCGGUUUUUGAAAGAAACGUGGAACGACAAGGUGCUUAUCGACUACUCCGCCACCGACCUGCCGAUCCUUAUGCACCAGCAGGACAGCAGCGCCUCCAUGGACUAUGCCACCGCGGCUGCGCUCAUGCGCGUUGCACUGCUGUUUCUUCACUGCCUGCGACAAGAUCCGACCUUCGCGAACCUCGACUGCGUGCGCGCGCUCGAUGAGCUGAAAAACCUGAUGAUCGACCACGUGACUGAUUUCUUUUUCCGCCUCCAGCUAGUGCCGGUACUACAGCGCAUCGUUGGGGAAAACGCCAACAGCCGCGGGCACGAGGCGAGGCAAGACGUAAAUUUGGUUACACAAUCCGCGGUCGAGUUUCAGCUUCGCGAUUUUCUGCGCUACUUCGUGUGGAUGCCGGAGAGUGAGUUUCGCCUCUUCUUGCAGAUUGGCUGGCAAACAUUCGAGGAGCAUUGUGCGAGUAUUUUGGAUCAGGAUAUCGUGCAUGCGCUCAAGACGAGGUGGUCGAUGCGGUGAAAGCUUUACUCCACUUGUUUCGAAGAAACGAAUAGACUCACUACAACAAGCGACUUGAAUUUAGUAUGUGUGGUACUUCUGUUCCUCAUACGCCCUGUGCACCUGCGCAGCCAGGGCUGCGCCCUCUGCUUGGGUACACAAAACUAUCAUAACGAAC